AUGGCAGGCAAUGGCAUUCUGGACGAGAUCUACAAGAUCCCUCCGGUGACGCGCUUUCUAUGUGGCUCAUCACUUGCGGUGUCUCUACCGGCGAUGCUUAAAGUUGUGCAUCCAUAUGUACUCGUUUUUGUCAAGGACCUUGUCGUGAAGAAAUUCCAGAUUUGGAGAAUAUGGACCAGUUUCUUCCUCGGAGGCGGCGGCAUCAAUUAUAUAUUCGAGCUUGUGAUGCUUUAUCGCAACGCCAACAUGCUUGAAUCAGAGUACUUCCCAGGCCGGUCCGACGACCUCGCUUGGCAACUGCUCGUUGCAUCUGCUGCUAUCAUCGGAUUAAAUCUCCCACUGGGCUCUUUUGUGCAUAAUCGUCCUCUAACACUCUGCCUCACCUACCUGUCCUCCGCUCUCGCGCCGCCGGGGGCGCAGACGUCACUCUUUGGUUUGAUCACCCUACCUGUCGCGUACUUCCCUUAUGCUCUGAUCGCGUUGGAUCUCUUGAUGGGUGGCCCUGCCGCAGCGGCGCAGAGCGUAACAGGUGCCGUUGUCGGUCACCUGUGGUAUAUGGGAGUCUAUGGGGAUGACGGUAGGGGGAUCCCUGCCAUUCGAGCGUAUGCACAGGCUCCCGGGUUCAUUCGCGCGCUCGUCGGUACCGGACCACGACAAAUGGGAACCAGUGGCGUUCAUGUACAGGCCCCGCGACAGCGGGCGGGUGGUUCUACCACAGCCGGUCGUUCAACAGGGUACAACUGGGGCUCGAGCGGACAUAGACUUGGCUCGGAUUGA